AUGCGUUGGACAGAGUCCGGAGAAGGCGUGGAUUGCGACUUGGAACAAUCUAUCGAAUUUUCUGACGAAGAUGAUUGUACCAGUGGAGAGCGAUCCGAGGAUACUUCAUUUGGGGAGCGAGUGCGAGUGCUCAGGCGCACUGUCUGCGUGCUAGCAUUUGCACUGUUUGUGGUUGUAGUGGUGACAGCUAUUACCCUUGGAGUAGUAGUGUCGGCCCGCAAUGGCAACAACAGAGCAAAUCCUGAUGCGAAAAGCUCACUGGUGUCAUCUUCCGAGAAUGGCGGGUCAGUUGAUGGCAAAAUCUCGGAAGCUAGCGCCAGACCUACUGCUAGCCCCACUACCGACCCGACUGCCGAGCCUAAUUCUGUCGCACAGAACGAAUUUCCUGUAGCGCCUACCGCCGUGCCGAAUGCAGUGGUCUCCAGUGGUAGUCCUUCGUCGAUAGAAGCAUCUUCAGAAGCUCCAUCUCAUGAACCACUGUUAUCGUCGUCGCCAACUCUUGUCGCAAUGGAACCAGUAUCUCCAAUGGCUAUAUCAACACCAAUCCAGACUCCAGAACUUUCGCCGUUGCCAACGGCAAGGACUUCGACUCCGCUACCCAUCCGUAUAUCCCCCUCCGCGAGUCCUUUGUUUCCGCCGUCAAUGAUACCCACAACACCAUACCCAACAGGAAUCCCAAUAGGACUACCAUCCACUGCUCGAUAUCCCGCCACCUUUGCACCAUCGAAAGAACAAGAGCCAUUAUUAGUACCUGCCACCCUGCCUUCAUCAGCUAACUUACCUGGUAGCACAAGUACUCCACGCCCCUCCAACGUAUGGAUUCCAAUGGCCCACCGCUGGCAGACCACGAGUAUGGUCACGAACUCGAACGGUGAGGUAACAACGAUACAUAAUGGAGACGGUUUAAAGCUGACCUUGCACAACGCAAUGACAGAGGAUUGGCAAGCAACCCUUGUUCGGGCAGUGCAGAAUUGGGACAAUGGCGUUCCGGAUGCUCUGACACUAGCGAUCGCGAAAGUCGAAGAAGAACCCGCCUGUGAACCCGAGUUUGGAAUUUUCAAAAUUUGUAACGGAGACUACGGGGCCACUUCUUGGCACGGAAUGAACACUGUCUUGUUGAGAGGAAGAUUUGUCGUUGCGAGCACCACUCGCUUGAAUGAAUAUUUCCUUGGGACCUCAUCAGAGGCAACUAGGUUAUUCACCCUUUGUCACGAAAUUGGACACGGGUUUGGUCUACCCCAUGGUGACGAAGAUUUUUCAAAUGAAGACACUGGCUCGUGCAUGGAUUAUACUUCAAAUCCAAGCAACAACUCGGAGCCGAACGAACGCAACUACUCGGAUUUGGCUUCUCUUUACGGAACUGUCUCGCCGAGAAGAAGCUUGCUUACUUCGUCGAUUGUCACACCUCUGCUAACGACAAAGCCGGAUUGGGCCAAGUUGCAGAAUGCGACGGCAGAACUUGAACUGCGAAUAAGCAAUGGGGAGAUAUGGGAUUCAGGCUAUCACAUAAAACUUGGAGAUGAGUUUUCAGCUAUUGUGAAUGUUUUACCGAGCUCACCAGAAAACCCAUAA